GUAAAUUUGCAAUUAUGGGUAAGAAAUAAAUAUCAAACGUGCCCCAACUUGGCAACUUGGACUUCAGAGGAGGAUGACGAAAAGUGAAGAAACCAAAAAUAUAUAACAAAAAGAAAAAAAAAAAAAAAAGACAAUAAAGAAGAAAACACUAAAGGGGAAACAGUCAAAGCAGGAAGAAGCAAUGAAUAUUUGGUGGCAUUUGCAGAUUUCUCCGUCAAGAAAAAGCUCAGGUCUUUGCCACAGACAAGAAGAAUCAGCUCAAUUCUUUCAUCUGCAAUCUGUGUAAAGCAAACCAACUUGUUCUUCAGUUUUCAAUCGCCCUGAGUUUCUAGAUGAGGGUGAAGAAGCUUGGUUUACCUUAACCAUGAGGUCCACGACCCUUUUCGUUUCGAGAUUUUCCCUUUUCGUUUUGCCCCUGAUUUUCUUGUUCACAUCCUUCUUCCUGCAUCCUUAUUUCCAAUUCCGGCCCUUGCCCGGUAACGGAACCCAGGCAGGAGUUUCAUACGUUGAUCCGCCCGAACCACCGGGGAAUCGUCGCCAAGAAGAGCCCUUUACUCGAAAGAACCAUAUCAUUCGAUUCACUGAUUACAGGAAAGCCGAAGAUUUCAGAAACUAUCUCCAGAAGGAAGUGAAUUUUGAGGGAUGGGAAUGGAUUGAUAGGAAGAAUCCCGCUUCGAAAUUUCCUACGGAUUUUGGGCUGGUGGCGAUUGAGGAUUCGAAGAGUGAUGUACUGAUCGGGAAAUUUGAGGGAUUGGAGCUCGUGAAGGAUGUCUCGUUGGAUUUAAGUUAUCAAAGAGUGGUUCUUGAGGAAGAUACGAUAAAGAAUGGGGUUAAAGAGGGAUCUUUUGUCGAUGGAAAGAAGCGGGCAGGCAAGAUGUUUACUUCAAUGUCGUUUGGUGAGGAUGACGGGACUAAUGCUGCGGUGGCCAAUACUAGUCAUAUGAAGAUUAGCUGGGGAAGGACUUUAAUGGCGGAGAAAUCGCAAGUUACAUCCUAUUUUGGAGCAGAUUCACUCUGGUCGAAAGGCUAUACUGGUUCAAAAGUCAAAAUGGCAAUAUUUGAUACUGGUAUUCGAUCAGAUCAUCCUCAUUUUCGUAACAUCAAGGAGCGCACUAAUUGGACCAAUGAAAACACACUGAAUGACAAUCUUGGACAUGGGACUUUUGUUGCUGGAGUCAUUGCUGGUCAAGAUGCAGAGUGUCUUGGCUUUGCCCCAGAUACCGAGAUUUAUGCUUUUCGUGUUUUUACAGACGCGCAGGUAUCGUAUACAUCGUGGUUCCUUGAUGCAUUCAACUAUGCAAUUGCAAUGAAUAUGGAUGUGCUGAAUUUGAGCAUUGGUGGACCAGAUUACCUGGACCUUCCAUUUGUUGAGAAGGUUUGGGAACUUACAGCUAAUAAUGUCAUCAUGGUUUCUGCUAUUGGGAAUGAUGGACCACUUUAUGGAACUCUGAAUAAUCCCGCUGACCAAAGUGAUGUAAUUGGUGUUGGUGGCAUUGAUUACAAUGAUCAUAUUGCUGCCUUUUCAUCUCGAGGGAUGAGUACUUGGGAGAUUCCUCAUGGCUAUGGUCGCAUGAAACCAGAUGUUGUUGCAUUCGGACGAGAGAUCAUGGGAUCCAAGAUCAGCACGGGCUGUAAAAGCUUAUCAGGAACUAGUGUUGCAAGCCCUGUAGUGGCUGGUAUAGUUUGCCUCCUCGUUAGUGUGAUUCCUGAAAACAAGCGAAAGGACAUCUUGAACCCAGCUAGCAUGAAGCAAGCUUUGGUUGAGGGUGCUGCCAAGCUCUCUGGCCCAAAUAUGUAUGAGCAGGGUGCUGGAAGAGUUGAUCUAUUGGAAUCAUAUGAAAUCUUGAAGAGCUAUAAACCUCGAGCGAGUAUUUUCCCCAGUGUUCUUGAUUACACUGAUUGCCCUUACUCAUGGCCUUUCUGCCGUCAGCCACUAUAUGCGGGUGCGAUGCCAGUUAUCUUUAAUGCCACCAUCCUGAAUGGGAUGUCUGUAAUUGGUUAUGUUGAAAGCCCCCCUACUUGGCAUCCUUCUAACGAGGAAGGCAAUCUUCUCAGCGUUCACUUUACUUAUUCAGAUGUUAUCUGGCCUUGGACUGGUUACCUGGCACUUCACAUGCAAAUCAAGGAAGAAGGUGCUCAAUUUUCUGGAGAUAUAGAAGGGAAUGUAACUGUGAGAGUUUCUAGUCCACCAGCAAAAGGAGAUACGACGCCUAGAAUUAGUACUUGUGUAUUACAACUGAAACUGAAAGUUGUUCCAACCCCUCCAAGGUCGUCGCGAAUACUGUGGGAUCAAUUUCACAGCAUCAAAUACCCUCCCGGAUAUAUUCCAAAAGACUCUCUAGAUGUUCGGAAUGACAUACUUGACUGGCACGGAGAUCACCUACAUACAAAUUUCCAUGUCAUGUUUAAUAUGUUGAGGGAUUCGGGAUAUUUUGUUGAGACCCUUGGCUCCCCGUUUACGUGCUUUGAUGCUAGCGGGUAUGGAACUCUGAUGUUGGUGGACCUUGAAGAUGAAUUCUUCCCUGAAGAAAUAAAAAAAUUGAAAGAUGAUAUUAUAAGCACAGGUUUAGGUCUUGUUGUAUUUGCUGAUUGGUAUAAUGUUGAAACCAUGGUCAAAAUGAGAUUUUUUGAUGAUAACACCCGGAGCUGGUGGUCCCCAGUCACUGGAGGUGCUAAUGUGCCUGCUUUAAAUGAUCUUUUGGCCCCAUUUGGAGUAGCAUUUGGAGACAAGAUCCUUAAUGGUGAUUUUUUCAUGAACGGAGAGGACAACCGGUAUGCGUCGGGAACUAAUAUUCUGAAGUUUCCAGGAGGUGGAUACUUGCACAGUUUCUCGCUCCCAGAUAGCUCAGAGGGUGGCGCCACAACUCAGAAUAUCUUGCUAUCAGGCACAGUUCAGACUGAUUCUCCCAUUCUGGGACUUGUAGGGGUUGGCAAUGGCCGAGUUGCGGUAUACGGAGAUUCCAACUGCUUAGAUAGUAGCCACAUGGUGACCAAUUGUUAUUGGCUUUUGAAGAAAAUGCUAAAUUAUACAAGCAAAAAUGUCAGAGAUCCUGAACUUUUUGCAGACUCAAAUAGACAGCAAAAGCCCUUGCAUUUCGACAGCAACCAGUUACCAUCUCGUAGAAAUGAUGUUAGUUUCUCAACAUAUUCAUCAGUUAUUGGGAAGGAGCUGACCUGUGGGAGUGAUACAAGAUUUGAGGUUUGGGGGACGAAGGGCUACAAUUCGCAGGUCCUAAGAAGGAACCGGAGAUUACCAGGUUAUGUGGGUACUGAUCAAAGCAUAGGUCAGAAUUUAACAACUGACACUUUCAAUGAAGUGGCCUCUGAAUUAAUUGAGAAGAAUUCUGACGAUUCUGGAGCCUCUACAUAUUUUGGCAUAUUUAACAGAGAAGAUGUGGAUAUGCCUGUACUGGUUACAAGUCACUGGCUUUUACCUGCUGCUUUCGCUGUUUUGGGUAAGUGAUGGACAUCUAUGUUGGUUGAUGAGUUCUCUUGCUUUGGUCAAGCCUCAAAUUUUUCUUACAUUACAGUCUCCUGCUUUGACGUUGCUUCCAAAUUUCUUACGUGUGAUAUGUGUUGUGUAUAUCAGGCAUUCUGCUCUUAAGUUUUUGGCGUAUUCGGCAGAAGCGGCGCAGGAGGAGGAAAGGAUCUGGUUCAAUACGAUCUGCAAAUCCUUGAAUUGAGAGAUUUUUAAUUGUAAAAUGAGUAGAACCUAAUAGGUUCCCCGUUUUCUUUUUUUUGGUUAAUUAGUUUUACACAAAAAAGCGGUAGAAUUUCAGUUGAGGCAAUAUCAAAGAAAAGAAUUUUGUAUUAGUACAGUGUAGUAUAACUAUAAAAUGCUGUAGAGGAAAAUAGAAGUUGGGCUACACAACAACUGUUCUUUGGACCUACUAUUUGGUCCUUGCUAAGAAGGGGCGGGGCUCUAUGCUUCAUUUUCUUUAAUAUCUUGACCAAGGCGUAACGGACAAUUGUUGUAUCUAAGAAGCAUGGUUUUGAUUUAGUUGUUUUUACAUGCUGAGUUUGUAGUCCAAGAAAAUAUUACUCCCUCCGUUUCAAAAUUAUUGUUCAGUUUAAAUUUUUAUUUUUAGUUCAUAUUAUUAAAAAUGAAUACCUAAAGUGGAUACUAAUUUCGAGACGGAGGAAGUAUAUAACAGCCAUACAUCACAUCAUCUAACAAGAGAAAGUUUGUUACGAAGGUGUCCACUUUUAGAAAACAAUGGACUUGUACCAUUUUCAUUUAAGUUUCCAUUUUUAUUGAUCAAAAAGUUUAUUACUAUUUACAUGGAAUUGGAAAUACAUUUGUAAGUUUCGCCUAUGUAGAAACGAAAGGACAAACCAUCAGUAACUAGA